AUGAGCAUAGGACUUGGUGAGGCUAUUUACGCGGCAGUCAAGCCGGUCUUGAAAAUUUAUGUGAUCAUCUUCGUCGGGUUCCUGCUGGCCAAGUAUAACCUGGCCACGGUGGAAACCAGUCGAGGUAUUUCGAACAUUGUCGUGAACGCCCUUUUGCCAUGUUUGACCUUCAACAAAAUUGUUUCCAACAUCUCAGCCAAAGAUAUAAAAGAAGUGGGCGUCUUAGUGAUCACCGCGCUACUGAUAUUUGUCACUGGCGGAGCCUGUGCAUUCAUCACAAAGUGGGCAACCAAAUCGCCCCGACAGUGGUAUUGGGGUCUACUUUUCGCCGGCGUUUUCCCCAACAUCUCAGAUUUGCCUAUCGCAUAUGUUCAGAGCAUGAGCAAUGGCUCUGUUUUCACUUCUGCACAGGUUGACCGCGGCGUGGCCUACUGCUGUAUAUUUCUCUGCACUCAGAGCUUCUUGAUGAUGAAUUUUGGGCUAUUCAGAUUAGUGGGACUCGAUUUUAGGGAACCUGAGAAAGACCCAGAGCAUGGUUUGGACAGUGAGAGCUCGAACAGCGCUUCAAACCCGGAAUUAGAGCUCAAGUCAGAUUCAAAAACCAUUGCGGUGCCCAGGGCGACCCAUCAGAGCUGGCUCUCUGAUCGCAUGAAAUCGAACCAUCAUAGAAGCGUCCAGACGGAGUAUUCGAACACUGAAGCUCGGCAUUCAAAUAGUAAUUGUAGCGAGGCAGAAGAAACUUGCUCUCUGGGUGCUCCAUCUGAUGCAAUAGAAAGUCUGAGCUCUGAUUCGAAUUAUACCACAUAUAGUAACUUGCCUCACAAUUCCCGCCGGGCGUCUUCCUCUUCGCGAAGUAAAGCUCCAGUGACCACACCUAUUCCACUACCACGAUCCCUGCAUAAAACGAAAUCUGGUAAUUCAAUGUUCAGCGCCGGCUCAGCCAGCUCAAGGAGCAGAAAGAGUGGAAAAGGAAGACGCUCGUCGCAGACAAUGCAGGAUGUAAUCAACGAGUACAGCGCUGCAAACAGAAUUAAGAGCGGCGAAAUGGACCUUACAAGACCGCUGUCGCUGACGCAAGAAGUGGGCGAAGCGAACGCUUUUUCUGGAAACAACAGCGACAGUGACGGUGACAGUGAAAACUCUGGGCUUGAUUACGAAUCAACACACGGAUCUCACCGUAAUGACACGCCCACCAAAAAGUUAUCUAGGCACACUUCAGCAAGCUCCAAGACCGAAAAGACCUCCAAAAUUACCAGAUUUGUCCAAAAGUACAAACUAGGAUGGCUGGUAUACAUUCUGGUCAAUUUCUGUCGACCUGCGUCGCUGGGAGCCCUACUGGGUAUCAUGUGUUCCAUGAUACCAUGGGUCAAGGCGUUAUUUGUACACACAUACGUGCAUGUCCACCAGGCUCCUGACGGCCAGCCUGUGCUCAAUUUUCUGAUGGAUUUUACGGGCUACAUCGGUAACGCAUGUGUGCCGCUCGGACUACUACUACUAGGAGGCACUCUGGCACGACUAGAAAUCAAGAGCCUACCGCCUGGAUUCUGGAAAACUACUGUGAUGAUGACAGUUUUCCGUCUGGCAGUUCUUCCCAUUAUUGGCACAGCAUGGGCUAAUAAAUUGUAUGAUAUAAAAUGGAUUGAAAACGAUGUUGCGAAGUUCGUUGUCAUUCUUACGUGGGCUAUGCCAAGCGCCACGGCUCAAGUUUAUUUCACGGCAUUCUACACACCUCUGGAGGGAAGUCAUGUCCAAAUGGACUGUUUGUCGGUGUUCUUUCUGAGCCAGUACGCCGUACUAUUUAUCACGCUGUCGGUAGUAGUGAGCUACGCCCUGAAAGCCGAUCUUAAAGUCUGA